AUCACAGGUCGUGUAAGAAAUGAGCUUCGUCAGCAAAACUUAACAUGGCGCCUCAACAGUUCCAUGUACUAUUUGAACAUGCAUCUGGAUAUGCAUUGUUCAAAGUCAAGGAGUUCGAAGAAGUUGGCAUGCUUCUGCCUGAGGUUGAAGCAAGCGUGACAGAUCUCAGCAAGUUCAACUCGAUUGUGAAAAUGGUUGCCUUCACACCAUUCAAGAGUGGUACAAAUGCAUUGGAUAACAUGAACAGCAUUUCUGAGGGCCUGUUGCAUGAAGACCUGCGUCUGUUUCUUGAAACCAAUAUGCCCAAGCCUGGUAAGAAGUCCAAGUCAAUUCUUGGUGUUGCUGACAGCAAAAUUGGUUCAUCUAUUCAGGAGGAGAUGGGUAUCACAUGUCAGUUCACUGGAGUUGUGCCAGAAAUUGUCAGAGGUAUUCGCUGCCAUUUCCACAACAUGGUGAAAGGACUGACGGCGCAGACUUCAGGCAAGGCACAACUGGGUCUUGGUCACAGUUAUUCCAGGUGCAAGGUGAAGUUCAAUGUACACAGGGUGGAUAACAUGAUCAUCCAGAGUAUCUCCCUACUGGACCAACUGGACAAGGACAUCAACACAUUUGCUAUGAGAAUCAGAGAAUGGUACUCCUAUCACUUCCCAGAACUCGUGAAGAUUGUCAACGAUAACUACACGUUUGCCAGGUGUGUGAAGCUGAUCGGGAAUCGCAAAUUGUUGGACGAGGAACACUUGGAAGCCAUCGAAGAAAUCGUCAUGGACAGUGCCAAGGCACAAGCAGUCCUCGAUGCGUCAAGGUCCUCCAUGGGAAUGGACAUCUCCGAGAUUGAUUUGAUUAACAUUGAGCUGUUUGCCAACCGCGUUAUUGCCUUGGCAGAAUAUCGCAAGAGUUUGCACGAGUAUCUGCUCAGCAAGAUGAACCAGUGCGCCCCUAACUUAUCAUCUCUCAUUGGAGAACAGGUCGGAGCUCGGUUGAUAUCACACGCUGGUAGUCUCACUAACUUGGCCAAGUAUCCUGCGUCAACAGUACAGAUCCUUGGAGCAGAGAAGGCACUCUUUAGGGCUCUAAAGACGCGAGGUAACACACCUAAGUAUGGACUCAUCUUCCAUUCCACCUUCAUUGGACGGGCUGCAACAGCCAACAAGGGCCGCAUCUCGAGAUACCUGGCCAACAAGUGUUCAAUUGCUUCAAGGAUUGAUUGUUUCUCAGAAAUUCCCACAUCCGUGUUUGGUGAUCAUCUGAAGCAGCAGGUUGAGGACAGGCUCAAGUUCUAUGAGAGUGGUGAGGCACCAAAGAAGAACAUUGAUGUCAUGAAAGAGGCAGUGGAAGAGGCUGGCGUGGUACAGAAACAAAUCACCAAGAAAGACAAGAAGAAAAAGAAGAAAGAAAAGAGGAAAGCAGAGGAGAUGACACAGGAGGAUGAAGCAAUGGAGGUUGAAGAAGAAACACCAAAGAAGAAGAAAAAGAAGAAGUCGAAGGGGGCAGACGACACAAUGGAGACCACCAUGGAAGAGGAAACGGAAACCCCAAAGAAGAAAAAGAAGAAGGUCAAGGCUGCCGAUGAAACCAUGGAUACCACUAUGGAGGAGGAUACGGAAACUCCAUCCAAGAAGAAAAAGAAGAAGAGCAAGAAGUAGAUGUUUCCAAGCAUCGAGUUAGAUAUUGUCUCGUGUAUGGUAUCUGAACUAUCUGAGAGGGACUUAUUCGGAUGUGGUUGUCACAGUGGCCUAUCAAAAUGAUUAUACUGGUUAUGAGCCGUAAUGGACUGGCCAGAAUCUUAUGCAGCAUGUGAAGAAGUGCAGUUAACCCCUCUUAAAUUUGUCUGUGAAACGAUUUGGGUGAUUCUAAUGCGGCCCGUAACCAGUAUAUUCAUUGUGGUUUGCCACUGUGGUUAUUGUGGUUGAAGGCGAACUGUGACUGUUUGGAUAUGGACUGCCUCUUUGAGAGCUGAUCACUGCUUCAUCGGGAGUGGUGUGCAGGCAUUAGAUAGGAUAGGAUAAGUGUGUUGAGAGACAAAUGAAUUACAAUGUAUAUCAUUUCUUGGAAGUACCAUAGAUAUAUUUGUUUUAACAUUGUGGAAGUGUUUCUGAUGAAGGUGCAAUUGAAAGAUGUAGUAAAGGUAUUAUUGCCGCAGUACCAGAAAAAAAUGUCAAUACAUUACCUGUUUUUAGUGAUCACUGAUAAACUGGGGCAUGGAAAUCUGCAAGUUUUAAUCAAGUGGGUUUUGAGGGCUGAACAGUGACUGAUUUGAUGACUAGCUCACUCGGGCAUCUGUUAAAAUCCUGGCUUAUAAAAGUGUUUUAUUCUGAAGAAUUAAUGACUUUGACCAUCUAGUGUCGAGUUGGAUGAAUUGCAAUGUUGUGUAUUUACCCUAAAAACUCCAAUGGAAACAUUCUGGGUUAUGAAAAGUUUUCUAAACUUAUUGAAAGCAUUUUAUUUUCAUUGAUAAUCAAUUCUGAUCAUGAUUUUAGAUAAAGAUGUGUAAAAUCUGAACGCUU